GCUUGGCGGUGGCUGAGCCUGGGGGCGGGCGAGAGCGCGGGCCGGAAGCGGCGGCGUGCCGGGGGGCUAGAGCUGCUGUUGCCGCCGGAUAGGCCGCGCGGGGCACCGCGUCUUUCUCCUGAAGCCGCUCCUCAGCGUGGAGGGCAGUCGCCAUGUCGUUGGUGAACCCCAUCCAGAUCCCCAGCCGCCUCCCGCUGCUGCUCACGCAUGAGGGCGUGCUGCUGCCCGGCUCCACCAUGCGCACCAGCGUGGACUCGCCCCGCAACCUGCAGCUGGUGCGGAGCCGGCUGCUCAAGGGCACAUCGCUGCAGAGCACCAUCCUGGGCGUCAUUCCCAACACACCCGACCCGGCCAGCGACGCGCAGGACCUGCCGCCGCUGCACAGGAUUGGGACGGCUGCGCUGGCGGUCCAGGUUGUGGGCAGUAACUGGCCCAAGCCCCACUAUACUUUGCUGAUUACGGGCCUGUGCCGUUUCCAGAUCGUACAGGUGGUCAAAGAGAAGCCAUAUCCCGUUGCUGAAGUGGAGCAGUUGGAUCGGCUCGAGGAGUUCCCCAACACCUGCAAAACUAGGGAGGAGCUAGGAGAACUGUCGGAGCAGUUUUACAAGUAUGCAGUGCAAUUGGUCGAAAUGUUGGAUAUGUCUGUCCCUGCGGUUGCUAAAUUGAGGCGGCUUUUAGAUAGUCUGCCAAGGGAGGCUUUACCAGAUAUCCUGACAUCAAUUAUCCGAACAAGCAACAAAGAGAAGCUCCAGAUUUUAGAUGCUGUGAGUCUGGAGGAGCGGUUCAAGAUGACCAUACCACUGCUUGUCAGACAAAUUGAAGGCCUGAAAUUGCUUCAGAAAACCAGGAAACACAAGCAGGAUGAUGAGAAGCGGGUUAUAGCAAUACGCCCUAUUCGGAGGAUUACACACAUCCCAGGAGCUUUAGAAGAUGAGGAUGAGGAUGAAGAUAAUGAUGAUAUUGUCAUGCUAGAGAAGAAAAUACGCACAUCCAAUAUGCCAGAGCAGGCCCACAAAGUCUGUGUCAAAGAGAUAAAAAGGCUCAAGAAAAUGCCUCAGUCAAUGCCAGAAUAUGCUCUGACUAGAAAUUAUCUAGAACUUAUGGUGGAACUUCCCUGGAACAAAAGUACAACUGACCGUCUGGACAUUCGAGCUGCCAGGAUUCUUCUGGAUAAUGACCAUUAUGCCAUGGAAAAAUUGAAGAAAAGAGUGCUGGAGUACUUGGCUGUCAGACAGCUGAAAAACAACCUGAAGGGCCCCAUUCUGUGCUUUGUUGGCCCUCCUGGUGUUGGUAAAACAAGUGUGGGAAGAUCAGUGGCCAAGACUCUGGGUCGAGAGUUCCACAGGAUAGCCCUUGGAGGCGUGUGUGAUCAGUCUGACAUUCGCGGACACAGGCGCACCUAUGUGGGCAGCAUGCCUGGCCGGAUAAUCAAUGGCUUGAAGACUGUCGGGGUGAACAAUCCAGUGUUCCUGUUGGAUGAGGUGGACAAACUAGGAAAAAGUCUACAGGGUGAUCCUGCAGCAGCUCUGCUUGAGGUGUUGGAUCCCGAACAAAACCAUAACUUCACAGAUCAUUAUCUAAAUGUGGCCUUUGACCUUUCCCAAGUUCUUUUUAUAGCGACUGCCAACACCACUGCUACUAUUCCACCUGCUUUGUUGGACAGAAUGGAGAUCAUUCAGGUGCCAGGGUAUACACAAGAGGAGAAGAUCGAGAUCGCCCACAGGCACUUGAUCCCAAAGCAACUGGAGCAGCAUGGGCUGACUCCUCAGCAGAUUCAGAUCCCUCAGGUGACUACUCUGGACGUCAUCACCAGGUACACCAGAGAGGCAGGGGUCCGCUCUCUGGACAGGAAGCUGGGGGCCAUUUGCCGAGCUGUUGCCGUGAAGGUGGCAGAGGGACAGCACCGAGAAGCCAAGUUGGACCGUCCUGGCGUGGCUGAGGGAGAAGGUGGCAAAGAACACAUCCUAGAAGAUGCAAAACCGGACUCCAUCGAUGACACUACUGACUUGGGCCUACCACCUGAAAUGCCAAUUUUGAUUGACUUCCAUGCUCUGAAAGACAUCCUCGGGCCCCCAAUGUAUGAAAUGGAGGUGUCUGAGCGCUUGAGUCAACCAGGAGUGGCGAUUGGCUUGGCCUGGACCCCCCUGGGUGGGGAAAUUAUGUUCGUGGAGGCGAGUCGCAUGGACGGCGAGGGCCAGUUAACUCUGACUGGCCAGCUCGGGGACGUCAUGAAGGAGUCGGCCCAUCUCGCCAUCAGCUGGCUCCGCAGCAAUGCCAAGAAAUACCAUCUGACCAACGCUUCUGGAAGUUUUGAUCUUCUUGAGAACACAGACAUCCAUCUGCACUUCCCAGCUGGAGCUGUCACAAAAGAUGGACCAUCUGCUGGCGUUACCAUAGCAACCUGUCUCGCCUCACUUUUUAGUGGGCGGCUGGUGCGUUCAGAUGUAGCCAUGACUGGUGAAAUCACACUGCGAGGUCUCGUUCUCCCAGUGGGUGGAAUUAAAGACAAAGUGCUGGCAGCACACAGAGCAGGACUGAAGCAUGUCAUCAUUCCUCAGAGGAAUGAAAAAGACCUUGAAGAAAUCCCAGGCAAUGUCCGGCAGGACUUAAGUUUUGUCACAGCGAGCUGCCUGGAUGAAGUUCUUAACGCAGCUUUUGAUGGCGGCUUUACUGUGAAGACCAGACCUGGUCUUCUAAACAGCAAACUGUAGGCCCAACGCGCAGCUUUUCAGAAUUUUAAAUGAAAAGUGCCAAAAGGUACUGACAAGAUGAUUUUAUUCACACCAGUAGGGUUAAGCAAAAUGCCCCUAAUUUGUGAACGUAAUCACAGUAACAAAUCUCACUCGGGUGGUGGCUAGUGUUUAUUACAGAAAUGUUAAUUUAAUAAAUUGAUUAAAUGGGAACUGAA